AUGGCAUCUGCACAUCUAGACGCUCGGCACUUUUGGACGUCUGUAACAGAGAAGUCCUUGCGCCAAGUGCACACAAACUGUGCAGAAUGGAACGCUAUAGCGGCGUACUUUACGAAGCAUAUGCCGGAUGACAGCAUCUUGCAGGCCGUAGAACGAGUGGAGAACCCCAAGCUGUGGAACCUGUACCAGGCGCAUCUAGAUGCUGUUGGUGAAGGCUUUCCGGGUCAGCCAGAGAUGUGGCUAUGGCAUGGGGCAGACGACAGUCGUCAGAUUGCCCGCGAUGGCUUCAAGACAGCUUACUCCAACCGGACCUUUAACAUGUACGGUGUGGGUCAUUACUUUGCAGUGGAUCCUCGCAUGGCCAACCACUUUGUACGCAGUUGCCGGGAUGUACCCGAAAGGUCCCGAACACUUCUUCUGUGCCGUGUUGCGGCCGGCAUUUGCAAGACGAGGGAGCCUAUAACGAUGCACGUGGAGCACUGCCGGACGCAGCACAUGGGCUGCAAAUUCUGGGCCUGCCGCGAGUUGCGGGCCAAGCUAUUAAGAAACCCCGAGAACCAGCAAGCUCCAGCAGGUUCACAUUCAUGCACAUCGAAGAACAAAGUUGAGGUGAUCGUCUUUGAGAAUCAUCACGCAUAUCCGGCUUACCUCCUGGAAUACACCUGCCCGUCUCUAUGCGAUUUUGAUCCCUACAGGAACCUCAAGCAGCUCGCCAGUUUCGACCCGCGCGCAGAACGCUCAAACUGGAGCGUUCAAUUCAAAGCCAAACGGGCCUUGCUUCUUGGAGGUAUUGGAUUUUGCGGUGACAUGGCCUACGCAGAGGCACUCGCAGAAUAUGCAAAGGGAGCUUUGCCAGAGAUUGUGUGGGAGCAGCAACGGUGCAGUCCACCAGAAGUCUGCGGCGUGCUUUCCAACUUUGACAUUGUGCUGGUGUGCGAUAUGUACAUCGACUUGCCACGGAAGUUGUGGAGUCCGAAGCUGGACCACGCUCUGAAAGAGUUUGUGCUAAAGGGAGGAUUUCUUGCGUUUAUGGGCGGUGAGCCGUUGGCGAAAGACCGGAUCUUCAAGGAUGUUUUUGGGCUCUCCUGGACUUUCGCCGGCGAGACAGGCUGCGACUGCGUCAAGUCAUUCAUGGUUGAUCUGCCUUGCAUGGAGGAUGCUCCGGGAAAGUUGGAACGGAGGAAGCUGAUGCCUUUGAGCAAUGUUCCCCAAACAGAGCGCAUUUACCCGUUGGAAAUAUUCCCUGAUUCAGAUUUAGACGUGUCAGAUGACUCGGAUCCGGAAACGCCUGCGGAGUCACUUCUGUGUGGUGUAGCACUUGCACAGCAUGGGCUCGGCUCCAUCGUGAACAUGGGUGAGAUGCAGUAUCUAUACCCAGAGUUUUACCCGAAAGGCUCCGAGUUCUCCUGGUGGGAUGCCUUGCUGUGCCUGGUUAAGGGGCACAAACCCAAGCCAGCACUUCCACAAGCACUCGAGGUAGCUCUUUCGCAGGAUUGGCAAAGCAUUGAGGAUGACGAUGCUCAUGUCAUUCGCAUGGAGGCUUUGCUAGAUGAUGCCUUUGAUGCUGUUCUUACAGCCAACGCCGAGAAGCUGGGAGGCAUGCUGAGGCACAUCAAUCCCAACAUGGCCGAUGACAGGGGCUUUUCACUCCUCAUGAUGGCUGCACAGACAUCGGAAGUACAUGUCAUUCAAUUGCUUUUGAAUGCUAAAGCAGACAUCGGCCAGACAGAUGCUCUCAACGGUUGGACUGCCCUGCAUUACCUGGCCGAGUCACCCAGAGCCAGCAAAGAAGCCUGGGAAUUCUUAGUCGCAGCAGGGUCGGAUCCACAGUUGCCCAGCCGCUUCGGAGACAGUCCGCUGGACCUUGCUCGUGAUAACUUCCGGCUGCCCAUGAGGCGGCGGGGACUAUCAGCCGGCUAUUUUUUCCAGGACUUCUGA